CAAAAUUCUCAAAGGAAUCUGUCAGUUGAUAACUUAUCACUUGUGGUUAUUGUGACGUGAAGUACUAAGUUGUGAACUGGGGAGUUGUGUUGAUAUGUUCUGGACUCCUGAGUCUAGAACUCUCCAACUUUUAGGUGCAAAAUAUGGCUGUGAUUCCAAAAAAUACUAUGAGAGAAGUUGAUAUUGAUUGCUUAUCACAACAACUUGAUGAAUAUGAGUUACUAAAAUCAAUGUACCCAAAUCAAGGAGAAAUUACUUUAAGUGAUAAAGAUACUAUAAAUGAAAUAAGGAGCUUUGUUGAAAAUAAAUCAGAUUAUGUUCCUCCACACCUAGAUUUCAAAUUAAACCUAGUUGUAGAUGGACUCAAGUUAGAAAUUUUCAUAAAUUUACCUAGCUCUUACCCAAAAGAGGAACCAGACAUAUAUGUGAGAUGUAAUAAAAUGAAUCGACAAAACGAAUCAGCUUUAAAUUCAAAGCUUUCACAGUAUCUAAAAGAAAAUCAUAUAGGAGAAGUGUGCCUCUACACAGCAAUUUCAUGGUUACAAGAAAAUGUUGAUAAAUUUGCAGUGAUAUCAGAAGAAAGCAAUUUAUUAGAAACAAAGUAUUGUCAAGAAUCUAAGGAUGAAUUUGCGAGGCUUUGGAUUUAUUCUCAUCACAUUUAUAAUAAAAAGAAAAGGGAAGAAAUUGUCAAAAAAGCAAGGGAACUGAAGUUAACAGGAUUUCUUUUGGCGGGAAAACCUGGAAUUGUUUGUAUUGAGGGCCAUCACAGUGAUUGUAAAGAGUGGUGGAAAGAUAUUAAGUCAAUGACUUGGAAGAAAAUAAUGAUUCGAAGGACUGAAAUAUUUGAGCCUAGUGAGGAAAAAUCUUUCAAAAAGUUUUCAAGCUUUGAAGAACUCUGUCUUGUAAAUCCAGGACAUAAUAAGCAUUCCAACAUGAGUGAACUGUCAAAGUUAAUGACUGAACUUGGCUUAAAUCAAAUAUUUAAUGAUUUAUUUGGACUGAAUGAUGACUAAAAUGUUGUUUCAAAUUUAACAGAUAGUCUAAGCAAAAUACCUCUGUGGUAUAAAUAUAUAUACUGACAUUGUUAAGUACUUGAUUGUUAUGUUUAGAUUGCUAUUACAUAUUUUUAAUAUUUCCGUGGGGUACCUACCUCACAUAAGUAAGACGGAUGCUGAUUCCUUUCAGAUAACUAUUGAUGAUUUUUAUUUUAUGUUGUAUGUUUUGUGCUUUCCUAAUCUACCUCUCUUUUUAUUCUCUCUAAUUUCUUUUGUUUUCUUCUAUAUCUAAAUUGAAAU